CACUGUACACUCUACAGAGUACAGACCACAGCUUACUGGUUCGUACAACUGAUGGGUGAUAAGAUUAUGCUGGAACCCAGAUAGUCUUCUCCGUUCUUUUCUUCCCAUGCUCUGUUUUUACCACAACUACAAGUAAACCUCCAAAAGAAGAAGAAGAAAACAAGCAACUAUGGCGAACCAGACCCCUUCCUUCAUCAAGGUUUUGGUUGGAUGUUUCUCCAAGAAGCUGAGGAUUCCAGAUUCAUUCGUUUACGAAUUCGGCGACGAUUUGUACGGGAAAUUAGUUCUCAAACCCAACAAUGGGAAUCCUGCCAUUGUUUCUGUGGAAUGGGGAAACAGGGGAUGCUUCUUAGAAACUGGAUGGCCGGCGUUCGUCAAGGAUCAUCAUCUUCAAGAAGGCGACUAUCUGGUUUUCAACUUCACUGGGAGCAAAAUCGUGGAUGUCGUCAUUUACAAUUCAACUGGCUGCGUCAAGAGAUACACUGAUGUUCAAACUAGCGUGCCUCGUUCAAGUUCUGGAAGGAAUCAUGAAACAGAGCCGUCCCCUGAAAACCCCAGAAACGGUAUUGGUUCAGGCAAGGGAAACGAGGGGAGGAGAGAAGUUGAAACGAGGAGGUCUUGCCGAAGAAACUCAGGAAGGAGGCUCGAAACAGAGCAGCUCUGCGAAACCAGGGAAGGAAUGGCGAAAGGUGCAAAUUUGAAACCGCGCGAAGCUCCAAUUAAAACAGAGUCGGAAGAAGGGUAUUCUUCUGGCAAUGAUCCUAGAGGUUUAGCUGCUUGCUUCCAAGUGGAUUACAAGAAGUACAUGGCAUAUUAUGUGUGCAUUCCAUGGACAUUUUCCGAAACCACGAGUCUGGCAACGAAGGAAACCGCACAACUUCAAGAUCCAAGCGGGAAAGUGUGGCCAGUUACUGUAAUCUCAGGAGGGCAGGGCCCUUAUCAACGGUUCACUGGUGGCUGGCCUGCCUUUGCUGGCGCUAAUGACUUGGCUCCUGGGGACAGAAUAGAGUUCAAUUACAAGCCUGAAUUGGGUUUGAUCCAGGUGAAGAUUCACAAGCCAAAGAACAAUACUUGCAACGAUUCUGAAGGUGGGAAGCGGCCGUGGAAGAGAGCGGGUUCUCCUGAAAGGAGCAAGCUUUGCCCAAGUUAUGGAAGAAAUCGCCAAACAGAGAGAUCCACCAGACCAAGAAAAGUUUUAAAAGGGAAGCGAGGAGCUCCAUUAAUGAAGGCAGAGUCCAGCAAACUGAGAAAAGGCCAUUCUUCUGUAAAAAACGUUCCUCCAGGAUUGGCUGAUUCCUUCGAAAUGGUUUACAAGAAGCACAAUGAACGUUGUAAUUUUGUGUGCAUGCCGGUUAGAUUUUCUGAAACCACGAAGCUGUCACUGAAGGAAACUGCACAACUUCAGGACUCAAGUGGGAAGGUGUGGUCGGUUCGUGUGAUCUCAGGAGGAAAGGGCCUUCAGAAACGUUUCAGUGGUGGCUGGCAGGCCUUGGCCGCUGCUAAUGGCGUGGCUAUUGGAGACAGAAUCGAGUUCAGUUACAGGCCUAAAUCGGGUUUGGUCCAGGCUGAAUCAAUCCCAUCUUGGGCUAUGGCUCAAAGCCGAGAAGAGAAGUUCAAACCAACUUGCCUUACCAAAGCUCAGAAAGGAAAGCAGUUCCCCAAAACCAGAAAAAGGCUGUAGGCCUCUGUUUCCCAAAACAGAGCAAUCUUGCUGUAACUUUUAUCAUUUUUAUACUAGCUUAGCACGAGAACAGUUGGAUGUCCUAGAUGGCGAAGAAGGGAAGAAUGGCUCAUGGAACUAGGGAGUGUUCAAAUGGUUACCAUGGUUAUAACCAAAUCAAACGAGGCUAAAUUUCAUUAACCAUGAAAUAUAAUAUUAUAACCAAGCCGUCCAAACUAAUACAACAACCAAAUUAACCAAAAUAAAGUUUAAUCAGUUUG